AUGGGCUUCUUCCUGCUCAACCUCUCCCUCACAGACCUGGGCUGCAUCUGCACCACUGUUCCCAAAGCCAUGCACAGUUCCCUCUGGGGCACAAGGACCAUCUCCUACACAGGAUGUGCUGCACAGCUCUUUUUCUUUCUGUUCUUCAUCUCAGCAGAGUUUUCCCUCCUCACCAUCAUGUGCUACGACCGCUACGUUGCCAUCUGCAAACCCCUGCACUACGGGACCCUCCUGGGCAGCAGAGCUUGUGCCCACAUGGCAGCAGCUGCCUGGGCCUCUGGGUUUCUCAGUGCUUUGCUGCACACAGCCAAUACAUUUUCCCUGCCCCUGUGCCAGGGCAAUGCCCUGGGCCAGUUCUUCUGUGAAAUCCCACACAUCCUCAAGCUCUCCUGCUCACACUCAGGCUACCGCAGGGAAAUUGGGCUUCUUGUGGUCAGUGGCUGUUUAGUGUUCAGUUGUUUCAUUUUCAUUGUUUUCUCCUAUGUGCAGAUCUUCGGGGCUGUGCUGAGGAUCCCCUCUCAGCAGGGACGGCACAAAGCCUUUUCCACGUGCCUCCCUCACCUGGCCGUGGUCUCCCUGUUUGUCAGCACUGGUAUUUUUUCUCAGCUGAAACCUCCCUCCAUCUCCUCCCCAUCCCUGGACCUUGUGGUGUCGGUUCUGUACUCAGUGGUUCCUCCAUCACUGAACCCCCUCAUCUACAGCCUGAGGAACCAGGAGCUCAAGGAUGCCAUAAAGAAAAUGAUGACUGCAUGUUUUUCAGGAGCAACAACCUGCCUCUUUUCUUCUGAAGAACACUCAUUGUGUAACUCUUUACUGGCCCAGCCUGCCUUCUAA